AUGAAAUCAUCUAUCAUUAUCCUUCUUAUUAUUUUCGUUGCUUUAUUUUCUCUUGACUUUAUUGAAGCUGAGGUAGAAUCACCUAAUAAAUAUGACUCUCCUGAACCAGUUGGGAAGUGUAAAUCAGCAGUCGUCACAGCUAUUGGAACACAAAACUCAAACGGAUCAUGUUCCAGUCAAAUUCUAGGUGAUUUACCAUCAAAAUCAAAAAUGGUUUCCGUUAUCAUCGUGAAUCCCGAGAAUGGUGCUUCAAUCGCUGCCAAUGAAAAAUUCAAAAUUAGAAUUGAGGUUUCCAACUUAAAAACUGGUUUCUUCGCUGAUCCUGAUACUGAUUUCACCGAUGUAUCACAAACAACUACAGAUGACGGAAUUAUCAAAGGACAUGUUCAUGUUACCAUUCAAGAAUUGAAUGGAAAUGUAAUCCCUAAUCCAUCUGAAUAUAAGUUUUUCAAAGGUAUGGAUGAUGCAGCUGAUGAUAAGGGAGGAUUAGAGACGGAAGUUUCUGGUUUAUCCUCAGGAUUUUAUCGUCUUUGUACGUUGGCCGCAUCCGAAGGUCAUCAACCUGUUGUUAUGCCUGUCCUUCAACGUGGAUCUCAAGAUGAUUGCAUCCGUUUCUCUGUCACUGGAGAUGAUGGAUCAUCUAAUGUAGUAAUAUGGAAAUGGAAUGAAAGAGUAUUUAAUAUUGAACAUUAUGUCAGAGUAGAAUAG